UUUAGUCAGUUGUUUAAGUGCAGUGGAGCCGAACGAACGGCACUUGUUCUCAACGACGAUACGUACAAAUCGAUGGAGGUUUCUUGGUUCAAUUAUUUUUUAUAAAUGCUUAGUUAUAUAAAAUAAAUAAUUAAAUGUUGAAAUUACAAAAGUGUUACAAAAACAUCAACUGUCUCAAAGUGUAAUCUUUGAAGUGAAACCUUAACUUAUAUAACGAAAAUUGUGUAAUGGAAAAUGUCAAAAAUUCUAUUUCGGUUCCAUCACUAACCCCCCCUUCAAUUACAACGAAAUACCCAGCAAACUAGCAACCUUUUCCAAAACUAGAACAUUUAACAAAAAUCUUCGAAAUUCCCUUUUUGGUGUCACGCAAUUAAGAUCACCAAACGCCAAUUUUUCGUAAGAACCCAAGACAACAAUCGAAAUGCUGUACUCAAUAGUUUUUUAUUUGACAAAUAUCCCCCGCCUUCAUUUAUGGGGAUUUGCCAUUUUAGGUUAUGUCAUAUAUUAUUUAAUACAAGUAGUUAAGCGUCCCAUAUUAGCCUGCUCAGAUGGACCUUUUAAGAAGUUUUUAUACCGUAACAUACCAACAUUAGAAAUGAAAUAUUGGCCUACAUUUUGGUGCUUCGAAAGUAGGGCUCAAACUGUAUUUGCCAGUAUCAUAAGAUCUCAAAUAUUACCUAACAUCAACUACCGAAGAGAAAUUCUAACCUUAGUCGACGGUGGUGAAGUGGCCUUAGAUUGGAUGGAAGAAGGUUGCACCGACGACAGUUCAUGUGUCAUUAUAUUGCCCGGUUUAACGGGCGAAUCUCAGGCAGAAUAUAUCAAAUGCUUAGUUUUGGCGGCGAGUCAAGUUGGCCUGCGUGUGGUCGUAUUCAAUAACAGAGGUCUGGGAGGCAUUGAAUUAAAGACUCCACGUCUAUACUGUGCUUCUAACUGCGAAGAUCUCUCAGAAGUGGUGAAGCAUGUGGCUAAGCGUGUACCUAAAGAUAAAUUGGGAGCUACUGGUAUAUCAAUGGGGGGUUUAAUUUUGGGCAAUUAUUUGGUUCGUAAAAGUGAGGAAGCUCGUUCUUAUCUGGGUGCCGCUAAAAUAAUAUCAGUGCCUUGGGAUGUCCACAAAGGAACGGCCAGCAUAGAGAAACCUAUUUUGAAUAAUCUACUGGGAAGACAUUUAACCAAUAGCCUUUGCAAUACUUUAAAAAGCUGUGAAAUAUUUAAAAUGUGUGAUGAUGUUGACAUGGAGAGGAUUUUAAUGUGUAAGACCAUUAAAGAAUUCGAUGCCUUAUUUACAUCUAAACAAUUUGGCUAUAAGCAUGUCGAUGAUUAUUACACAGAUGCCACACUUCAUGAUAAACUCCAUAAGAUAACUGUGCCCACAUUGUGUCUAAGUGCGGCCGACGAUCCAUUCCAGCCAUUGGAUGCCAUACCCAUAAAGGCGGCCGAAGAAUGUUCACAUGUGGCCAUUGUCAUCACAGCAAGGGGUGGCCACAUUGGUUUCCUCGAAGGAUGGUGGCCCUCAUCUAAGGAACAAUAUAUGUGCCGUUUAUUUGCUGAAUUUUUCAUUAAUGCCCUAUGCGACAAACGUAAUGAGUUUCAGGACGUGACAAAGAAAAUGUACGAGGAUUACAAUGAUAUAACCCCAAAAGAGGACAUUAAAAAACAUUCCACCAAGGGGAUGGGGAGUGCUGCCAGCGGUGGUUGUAGUGGUGUUAGUGAUAAGGCCAACAUUGAAGUGGUGGCGAAAAAAUUGGUUGAUGAGUUCAAGUACAAAGAAAUGUAGUUAGUAGCUAGUUUCGAGGACAAUGAUUAAUAGCAGCAGCGAGAACACCUCUUUUGUUGUCUUUCAGUCAAAAGUUACCAAAUAUUUGUUAUUUUAACUAUAUAUACGAGUAUGAUAUAUAUAUAUAUAUAUAUAUAUAUAUAUACAUAGAGACAUAUAAUACAUGCCUGUGAAUAUUCUUCUUUAGUUAUGGAAGGUUAAAUUAAAAUACAAUUGUGUAGUAGACACACGUUAUUUAAAUUAAAAUAUAAUAAGGUUACCUAUAGACAUUUUUUUUGUUUUGGGUAGACACAAACAAAAACAGUUGGCUAUUAUAACAAAACCGAAAGAGCUCACGUCCAGUGGAACCCCAAUAUUAACAGAUAGUAGCAUUAGAAACAUGAUUCCAACAAUAUUUCAAACUAUUGGGUUGCCCAAAAAGUAAUUGCGGAUUUUUCAUAUAGUCGGCGUUGACAAAUUUUUUCACAGCUUGUGACUCUGUAGUUGCAUUCUUUCUUCUGUCAGUUAUCAGCUGUUACUUUUAGCUUGCUUUAGAAAAAAAGUAUAUUUGAUUCCUUCUAAGUUUCAUUAAAAAUGCAUUUACUUUCUUUUAAAAAAUCCGCAAUUACUUUUUGGGCAAUCCAAUACAAAGCCCGUUUGAGUAGAAAAAUAAAUAUGUAAGACAAUUUUUUGCAUUUGAAGGUGCUAAAAACACAUAUUUUAAAAUACACAACAUUUAUUAAAAAAAUUAAAAAAAAAACCCAUCAAGUUUCUCAGUUAAAAUUUGAAGAAAAAAAACUGUGCAGUAUCAAAUCAGGUUUCAGAUAACAAGACAGUCGAAAGCGAUU